AUGCUCGCGAGAGACCCGGGGCGCGUGGCGGGCAAGCAGGCGCAGUCGGUGCUCAACGCGGUGCUGGGCAUCGCGCGGGCGUGCCAGACGUCGCUGCACCACGCGCUCGAGACGGGGGCGGCCCCGGGGGCCGCGCAGCUGGCGAACAUGGGCGCGGCGGCGCGGGCGACCGCAGCUGCCGAGUCGGUCGUGUUCGCGGAGCCUGGCGUGGAGUGGGACGGCCAUCUGGUGACGGGGCCCGGGUGCCUGGACAUGUACGUCGCGGGGCUGCGGCUGGCGGAGGAGAGCGCGGAGCGGGGCGUCGCGGAGGCCGCGCUGGGCGCGUUCGCCGCGACGUGCGAGAGCGUGCGGGCGGCGCUGCUGCGGGCGCACGUGGCAGCGAUGGACGUGCGCUCGCGCGUGCACAAGGACGUCGGCGCGCUGCUGGACGCGGCGACGGGCCCGCGCGACGUGCUGCCGCGCGCGUGCCGCGUGCUGGUGGUGGCGGUCGGCCGCGGGGACGCGGCGGCGGCGGGGUCGUGCUGUGGGCUGCUGUCGGCAGUGGUGCAGGCCGGGGCCGGCGCGGCGGGCGCGGGGCAGGUCAGCCAGACGCUGCAGCUGCCGCUCGCGGCGACGAUCGCGCAGGCGAAGGUCCGCGACGCCACGCACGUGCACACGUGGCUGUCCACAGCGCGCACGGCCGCGGCUCGCACCCUCACCUCGAUCCCAGGCGCGGCGUCCGCGCUGCUGUGCUGCUGCAAGCCCCAGGGCAUCCCCGCCGCGGACGGCAGCGGCACGCGGCAGCUCACGGACGCCGCGGCGCUCGCGGCGCUGCAGGUCCUGCUGCACAGCCUGCGCUGGGGGCCCAACCUCGCCGACAGCCUGGCGCGCGAGGGCGCGUGCCAGGCGCUCCUGGACGCGGCCGAGACCCGCAACGGUCCCUGUGCGCUCCUCGCGCUCGCCGCGCUCGUCCGCGGCCUCGACGGCCUCCGGUGCAGCGGCAGCGUCCCCGGCGACGCCGGCGUGGCAGCUCUCAACGCGCCGGGGCGGCAGCUGCCGUUCGGCCAGAUCGGGACGCUGCUGCAGAUGGCGGCGGCGGACGAGACCUGCGCGGCCGCGGCCUGCGAGUGUCUGGCCGCGCUGGCGGAGCUCGCUACGCCGCCGCAGCAUGCGCUGGGGGACUGCCCAGAGGUACAACAGCGGCCGGACCUGACGGCGGACGCGCGGCUCGCCGUGAUGCGAAGGAUCCUGUCGCACAAGGGCGCCGCCGGGCUGGCGCCCGCGGAGGGCCCCGUGCCGUGCGUGGGGUCGUGCGACGGCGUGGCGUGCAUCGUGGCGGCGCUUCUGGGCGCGGGGGCCGGCAGCGACGCGGGGCAGGUGGUGAUCCGGUCGGGCCUGGGGAACAUCAUCGCGGAGACGGUCGCGUCGAUGUCGUCCGCGGUCGCGCAGCUCUCCCCGCGCGGCGUCGUCGCGGCCGUGCAGGCGCUGGUGGCGCUGGCGGGGCGCGACGGGCUGGGCGCGCGGCUGCUGCUCACGGCGGGGCUCGUGGAGUCGCUGCUGUCGCUCAUCUCGCCGGCGCACCUCGACAACGUGCAGGCGUGGCCGGAGCAGCUCGGCGGCGGCGAGCAGGGCGCGCGCGUGCUGGUGUCGGCCGUGUGCAUGCUGCUCAGCAGCCCGCUCUCGCAGCCCCAGGGCGGCGCCGACCAGGGCAUCCAGGCGCUCAACCAGCUCCUCCUCCGCCACGGCGCCGUGCGCGUCGCCGCGGGCGCCCUGCAGCGCCUGCCCCCGCUCGACGGCGCGCCGACGCUGGGCCUCAUCACGCGGCUCGUCCUGCUGUCGAUGGCCUUCGUCCCGCAGCUCAUCGAGGGCGGCGGCCUCGAGCCGGACGGCCUCGCGCGCUUCCUCGCCGCGCCCGGGCAGGCGCCCGGCGUCCUCAUGGACGCCCUGCUCGUGCUGUCGCAGGCGGCGCGCGUGGCCAAGGAGAACUACGACGCCCUGUCGCGCGCGCGCCUCCUGCCGCACCUCGCGGGCUGCCUGCACCACGCGGAGCCCGGCGUGCGCGCCAAGGCGUGCAACCUCCUCGGCAACAUGUGCCGCCACUCCCCCUUCUUCUACCCCGCGCUGCACUCCGAGGGCCUCGUGGCGGCGCUGGUGGACCUGUGCGGCGACGGGGACCCCGCGACGCGGAAGUUCGCGUGCUUCGCGGUCGGGAACGCCGGGUUCCACUCGGCCGCGCUGUACGGCGAGCUGCGCCGCGCCGUGGCCCCGCUGGUGGCGCUGCUCUCGGACCCCGACCCGAAGACGCGCGCGAACGCGGCGGGCGCGCUGGGGAACCUCGUGCGGAACUCGGACGCGCUGUGCGGAGAGAUCGUGUCGGUGGGCGCGCUGGACGCGCUGGUGGGCCUCGUGCAGCGCGAGGAGCAGCUGGCGGCCGAAGGCGGCGUGGUCGACGCGAGCAGCCCGCUCAAGGUGGCGCUGUUCUCGCUCGGGAACAUGUGCGCGUACCCCGCGUGCAAGCGCGCGCUCGAGACCGACGCGUUCCGGGACCUCCUGCAGCGCCUGGAGGUGUCCCCGGACCCCACCACGCAAAAGUACGCCCGACGCGUCGUGGGGAAGCUCAAGGGCGUGUGA